CUGUCCCCCGUAAGGUCCCCUGUCCCCUGAGGGCCUUUGUCCCCUGUGAGGGCCUCUGUCCCCUGAGGGCCUCUGUCCCCUGUGAGAUCUCCUGUGAGGUCCUCUGUCCCCUGUGAGGUCCCCUGUCCCCUGAGGGCCUCUGUCCCCUGUGAGGUCCUCUGUCCCCUGUGAGGGCCUCUGUCCCCUGUGAGAUCUCCUAUGAGGUCCCCUGUCCCCUGAGGGCCUCUGUCCCCUGUGAGGUCCCCUGUCCCCUGAGGGCCUCUGUCCCCUGUGAGGGCCUCUGUCCCCUGAGGGCCUCUGUACCCUGUGAGAUCUCCUGUGAGGUCCUCUGUCCCCUGUGAGGUUCCCUGUCCCCUGUGAGGUCCCCUGUCCCCUGAGGGCCUCUGUCCCCUGUGAGGACCUCUGUCCCCUGUGAGGGCCUCUGUCCCCUGUGAGAUCUCCUAUGAGGUCCCCUGUCCCCUGAGGGCCUCUGUCCCCUGUGAGGGCCUCUGUCCCCUGUAAGAUCUCCUAUGAGGGCUUCUGUCCCCUCUGAGGGCCUCUGUCCCCUGUGAGGGCCUCUGUCCCCUGGGAGGUCCCCUGUCCCUUGUGAGGGCCUCUGUCCCCUGUGAGGGCCUCUGUCCCUGUGAGAUCCCCUGUGAGGUCCCCUGUCCCCUGUGAGGGCCUCUGUUCCCUGUGAGGUCCCCUGUCCCCUGUGAGGGCCUCUGUCCCCUGUGAGGGCCUCUGUCUCCUGUGAGGUCCCCUGUCCCCUGUGAGGGCCUCUGUCCCCUGUGAGGUCCCCUGUCCCCUGAGGGCCUCUGUCCCCUGUGAGGUCCCCUGUCCCCUGUGAGGGCCUCCCUCUGUCCCCUGUGAGGGCCUCUGUCCCCUGAGGGUCUCUGUCCCCUGUGAGGGCCUCUGUCCCCUGUGAGAUCCCCUGUGAGGUCCCCUGUCCCCUGAGGGCCUCUGUCCCCUGUGAGGACCUCUGUCCCCUGUGAGGGCCUCUGUCCCCUGUGAGGUCCCCUGUCCCCUGAGGGCCUCUGUCCCCUGUGAGGACCUCUGUCUUCUGUGAGGGCCUCUGUCCCCUGUGAGGACCUCUGUCUUCUGUGAGGGCCCCUGUCCCCUGUGAGGGCCCCUGUCCCCUGUGAGGCCCUCUGUCCCCUGUGAGGGCCUCUGUCCCCUGUGAGGGCCCCUGUCCCCUGUGAGGCCCUCUGUCCCCUGUGAGGCCCUCUGUCCCCUGAGGACCUCUGUCUUCUGUGAGGGCCUCUGUCCCCUGUGAGGCCCUCUGUCCCCUGUGAGGGCCCCUGUCCCCUGUGAGGUCCCCUGUCCCCUGAGGACCUCUGUCCCCUGUGAGGCCCUCUGUCUUCUGUGAGGGCCUCUGUCCCCCUGCGCAGCCUCUGACCUCACCCUCCAGGAUUGGCCUUUUGCACUCUGGGGAGGUACGGCCCCCACUCCAGGCCCUCGGGCCCCAGACCCCUCACUCACAGCUUCCUGCUCGUCAGUCUGUCACAGACUCGCUCCUGAGGCUGCACAGACUCAGGCCCACGUCUGCACACUGGACAGAGGCCUCCACACUGCUGUGCCAGGGCCACAGGGCCGGAGGACCCAGGGGUUACAGGAGGCAGCUCAGCUGGCUCUGGGGGAGGGGCAGUGGCCAGUGGGAGCCCAGUCUCCGGGUGGCUGAGAAGGUGGUCUAGGCCCUGCUCCGCAGACCAAGGCUCCUGAGGAUCUGGGAAGGGCUCGGAGCCAGAGCUGCGUCAGAGGCUGGGUGGGGGGGGACCAUGCUGGCCUCUAGGGGAAUCAGCUGGGCCUUGGGUCAGAACGGAAGUCUACUCGUUGACAGGCACGCUGGGGGCUGUUGGGUCUGGGGCAGCAUAAGCAGGACAGAGCUGUCCACGUGUGACUGGCAGGUGAUGUGGCCUGGAUGUGUGAUGGGCAGUGGCCGGGGAGGCUUGGACCUGAAGGGUGCCCCACGGACAAGGGGGCUCCAAGGAGGAAGGGGGCAAGGAACUGCCCAACAGCCCCAGCUCCCUGCCUUGGGCACCCUCUGCCACAUCCAGGGAAGGGAGCCACGGGGUUGCCCGCCUGGAACGGGUGGCUGGGAAGGAAAUGGCCGCAAUCCUCUUAGAGCACCUGCUAUAAACGGAGCAGCCGGGCGACCUGGAUAUAGUAAUCCCAGGAUUAGCUCCUCCCUUCCGUUUUAAGAAAUGGGUCAUCGUGAGUCAAACAGGCAGAGAAUUGCCAGGAAACACCCGGCCUCGGGCCCUGGGUGGGGUAUCCAACGCCUCCCUCGCACAAGCCCAGAGGCGGAGCCUCGCCCCCACCCUGUCCUGAGCCUGCCUCCCACCCCCAGGGUCUGUUGGCCCCACAGCCGCUCCUGCACUAGGUUUGCACUCUUGUUCUGAGGGUCCGUUCCCUGCUGGGCUGUCCUGGAUCAGUCCCCUCCGCAUCUUGGUGCACAGCUGGGCAGGGCUCCACAGGCAAGAACUGGGCCGUGCAUGGCCUACACCAUCUCGGCAGAGAAACAGAAACCAGGGUCUGGAUCAGCCCCAUGCUGUCCUGAGCACGGGCCAGUGCCCCCACUUCAGCCCAUUCGCCGACGAGCUCACCGGCUACACGACGAGGAACAUCCUGGCCAUGCCCAUCAUGAACGGGAAGGACGUCAUGGCCGUGAUCAUGGCUGUGAACAAGCUCGAUGGCCCCUGUUUCACCAGCGAAGACCAAGAUGUUUUCUCCAAAUACCUGAAUUUCGCCACGCUGAACCUGAAGAUCUACCACCUGAGCUACCUCCACAACUGUGAGACGCGGCGAGGCCAG